GCGCACACGUGCUUCCGGCUGGGUGUAAGAGAAAGAAAAAAACACACGGGGGGGAGAUAACGGUGCAGGAGAGUUUAGGAAGCGCAAAUACACAGAUAUUAUGCUGCACCGGGGAGAGACUGGGACACUGGUUGUAACGCGCAGCUGUUCCAUAUGCCAAGUCUCAGAGAGUUAGAAGAAGACGGCAUGAUACUUUAGGUUAUUCUCCAAAUUACGCAUGUGUUUAUUCGUUUGGUUUUAGCAUACACGCUUGUUUUUACAUGCAGUGCGUCUAAACUGGAUACCAAAGGGGGGCGGGAGAGCGAGCAACAAGUGGAGUUUGGCGUGGAGAGGCCGAAUGUUCUCACCAUCACCCGCUAUGGAAGAGCAAAAGGAGCCUAAGAGCGCACGGGACUCGACCGAGGAGGAAAGCAUGUCCCUUUCGCCGAAUCUUCCAUCCCCCGCCAUGAUUAUACCCCACCAGGCUGCCCAGCAAAACCACAGGACCACGAACUUUUUCAUUGACAACAUCCUCCGGCCGGACUUCGGCUGCAGGAAGGAGCCGAGCCACCGAGACCGGAGCCAGACGCACGGCAGAGAAAACGUCAAUCCGCUGGGAGCGAGGCCACCGCACACCGGCAGCUUGUGUCUGGACUCCAACUGCAGCAGUGAUAGCACCUCCUCGUCUCCUUCUUCCUCCUCGUCGUCCACGUCCUCGUCGCCUUCGUCAAAGCAGAACUCGUCAAAACAGGGCGAAGGCGCCAGCAACGGGGCUGGAGGAUAUGCAGAUAGCCCUUCGUCUAUUAUGGUUAUGAGUGGCAGCAAUGGAGGAUCCCCGCCCACAUCGAAAGACAACCAGGGGAUGUUGUGGCCCGCUUGGGUUUACUGUACUCGGUACUCGGACCGGCCCUCAUCUGUUUCCACACUAGGCCCAAGGACACGCAAACUGAAAAAGAAGAAGAGUACCAAAGAGGACAAGCGGCCCAGGACAGCGUUCACGGCCGAGCAGCUGCAGAGACUGAAAAACGAAUUCCAGGCCAACCGGUACAUAACGGAGCAGCGGAGACAGUCUCUGGCGACGGAACUCAACCUGAAUGAGUCUCAGAUUAAAAUCUGGUUCCAGAAUAAGAGGGCUAAGAUUAAAAAGGCCACCGGGUACAAGAACGGGUUGGCUCUGCAGCUCAUGGCUCAAGGACUGUACAACCACUCCACGACCACCGUGCAGGAGGAGAAGGAGGACAGCGAAUAAAGGGCCCGGACGUUUCCCUGUUAGGGGCCUCUGCCUGACUUCUUCUUCUUCUUCUGGCUUUUGGAGAUAAUGAAAAACUGAACUGCAAGUGGAAACGCUAUUUAAAAACACAGAUUUCUGUUAUUGGUAACAGUAUAUAAUUAUAUGAAUAAACGUUAUUAAAGUUUAUAUAGCCAAACAGCUACCAUGUUGUAUACGUAUGUUUAAUUUCAGCCUCAUAUCACAUCCGGGAUCUUUCGGUCUAAUAUCAUCGUUUUUAGGAUGUCUUUUUAUUUUAAUUUGUGGUCCCCUCCCCUUCAUUUUUUUCGCCACAUUUCCCCUCCACACAUCAGUCCACAGACUCAAACAAGCCAAAGAUUUUAAUAUGUUCACGUGUAGUCUGAAAUAAAGGAAGUAAAGGGUA